AUAUUUUAUGAAAAUAGCCAGCGAACAAAGCGACUCAGAAACAUUUGAAAAAGUUGUGGUUGACUCUGAUAGAGAGAGUAAUGGGAUUAUAACCCAGAAUCACUCUAGGACUCCUUCUGAUUAUAAAACCCGGUCGAAGCAUGACACUGAGAAGAUUCAUAAUGAGUUCAGAGACAAGAUUUUAAUUCAAAUUGAUCCGGACAAAGAACUAAAGGAUACAAGAAAAGGAUUGUAUGAGCAAACUGGUGAUGGCCUGAAAAAUGACACAAAUGUUGUCUGAAAGAUGCCAGAAUUUAAAAGGUAUCAGUUCUAUGAAGGCAAAAGUAAACUCUGGUGCAGAGGCAGGUAUAUUACUGGCCCUAGGCCCUUAGCGACCCUGAUGACUUUUUGUUUAACAAACUUUUCAAUGAUCAUCUAUUACUGAUUUGUCAUUCCAAAAAUCCAAGACAUCACUUUGCUAUUGGUAGUUUUGAUGAUUUCCAUUGUUGUGCAUCUUAUGUCGAUGAUCUAUAUGUGAAAAACUGCCACUUCAAAUCCAGGAAUUAUACAGAAAAUGGAACAGGACACAUCUCAUGUAUGUGCGAUAACAGAAUUGAGACCUGGAAAUUAUGCAUUUAGAAUGAAAUAUAUGGGAAUAUUGAUGAAACAAAUCCACUGACAUACUUGAGUGCUUAUAGCGCCCCCAAGAUCUCAUCAUUGUUAUUAUUGUGGAAACUGAGUUGAACUGUUUGACCACCAUUGUCCUUGGCUCAGCUGCUGUAUCGGUAAACGUAAUUAUGCUUACUUCCUCGCUUUCAUCUCUCUACUCUCAGCCAUGUUUGUGCUGAGCCUUACUGUCAGUGUGGCCAUGCUACUUACCUCUGGUAUUGCUCAAAACAUUCCAAGCAUGGUAGUGGCUGUGUACAACGUAUGUGUGGGCGCUUUCCCUGUGGGUCUGACAUUGUACCACUACUGGCUGGUGGCCACUGGCGAAACCACUUACGAGAACUUGAAGCGGCUGUACAGGCGAGAGCAGAAUCCGUUCAAGAAAAGUCUGAUUCAAAAUGUGAGGAGAAGAAUCUGAAGCAUCAGAGGUCCUAAUAAAAUGGUACAAAAAUACAACAUGUUUGACUUAAAAAGACUGCAGCAGACAUCUGAAAUGAAGACUCUUGCUAAACUCAGGGAGUGUCCUGACCGUCCUCUAGCAUUUCGAAGCACAAAGACAUGUCCUGAAAUGAGUAAAAAGAAUUCAGAUAAGAUUUCUUACACAGAAUAAGCCUGUAUCCUUCUUGAAGGUCUGGCUUAGCCUAUAACAUUCAGAUAUAUUAGUCAACU